AUGUCUGAUCAUGUUGCUCCUUCAUCGGCGGCGGCGGGAGCUAAACGCAAAAGGCUGUCCGUUGGAGAGACUUUGGAUCCCGAACAAAGCGACUCUAGCUUGGCUCAUAGCGAUUCCACUGCAAAAUCGGACCCGAAAAACACAUCAGCGGAAAGCAAGCCUCGGGGACGAGCCAAAAAGGGACAAAAGAAAGAUGAAAGUUCACCCCCAUGGCCAGCGCUUUUUGUGUCGCUAGACCAGACUCAUCGGGCUCUAAACCUGGUGUUCACCUUUUGCUCUACGAGAAAACAUUUUGCUACAACAUUCGAAGCCAUUCGGCCGGCAGUGGAAUCUCACCUUAAGCGCAAGCUAUCGAUAGAAGAAGUGGCAAAAAUCGUUGCAGUGCGUCCCGAAGGAAUCAACUUUAGCUAUGUGGACAAAUCUACUCUCGAGCUAGAAGUCAAGGCAUCAGAUCGCAAGGCCGACUCUUUCAAGCUUUUCGGUAACAGAAAAGCGCAAGAAUUCGCCUCUGACGCAUCUGUCGGCGGCUGGACAGACGCCGCCACCGCCACCUCCGAUGACUAUGAGGUUCUGUUUUUUGAGUUCAUCGACGGCGAUCUCAAAAGACAAGUCCCAGACAAGAAGACUGGUGAGCCUACGAAUCCGCAGCGAAGAUUGCGGGACGAGAAGCUGCAGAUGCCAGUCUUUGGCCAGGGCCAGAUGACGAAGCUCAUUGAGCGUCGAAACCAGCGCUUUACGAGCGCAAUCAAUACCUUUUUGGAAAAUUGCGAAAGCGAGAAAAUUGAUCCUUGCCUGGCGUUGGAGGGCUUGGCCGAGUUAUAUGUGCCGAAACCCAGCGAGAAGGACGAUGAUGGUGGCGUCGUUGUCAGCACAAUCCCUGCCACCAUCCCAAAGGAACGCAAAUCGAUACCCGAAAUUGUGAAGGAGAUUCGAGAAAGCUCAUGGUAUACUGGCCAAAUUGUGCCAGAUGGCCACAGGGUUUUUGAUCCGCAGGACCCUGUGAAAGGGGACCUGGAAUUCCUGCUGACACAGAAUCUCGUCAAUGCUAUAUACAACGCCAAAGGUAUCUCCUCUUUCUACGCCCACCAGGCCGAAGCGCUAAAUGCGCUACACGAGGGCAAGAAUGUUGUUGUCGCAACGUCGACGAGUUCUGGCAAGUCACUCAUUUACCAGUUACCAGUGUUACACGCUUUGGAGCAGGACUUUGAGUCGCGAGCUAUGUACAUCUUUCCCACGAAGGCUCUGGCGCAGGAUCAGCGGCGCAGUCUGAAAGAAAUGAUGGCGUAUAUGCCCGGCCUUGAGGGUACUGUCGUGGAGACUUUUGAUGGUGACACGCCGUUCAACACGAGGAAUGCCAUUCGUGAGCAAGCAAGAAUCAUUUUCACUAACCCUGACAUGAUGCAUAUCACAAUCUUGCCACAAGAGGAGAAGUGGAGGACCUUUCUCAAGAACUUGAAAUAUGUUGUUGUUGAUGAAUUGCAUUACUAUAAUGGACAGUUUGGGUCGCAUGUCGCUUUUGUGAUGCGUCGUUUAAGACGCAUAUGUGCGGCGAUUGGAAACAGAAGUGUUCAGUUUAUCUCGUGUUCUGCUACUGUUGCAAAUCCAGCGCAACACUUCAAGGCCCUCUUUGGCAUCGACAAUGUCAAGCUCGUCGACUUUGAUGGAUCCCCCUCUGGCAGAAAAGAGUUCAUUUGUUGGAACACGCCGUACAAAGACCCUGGCGAUCCUGCAAGUGGCAGAGGCAGUGCAAAAUUUGAAUGCGCCCGAUUGUUUUGCGAGCUGCUCCUCAGGGGCGUCCGCAUUAUUGCCUUUUGCCGGGUUCGCAACCAAUGUGAAGUGCUAGUAAACGCUAUACGACAAGAGCUAGAGAACAGAGGCCGAAGCGACUGCAUAGGCUUGGUCAUGGGGUAUCGAGGAGGAUACACAGCAGAGGAUCGACGCAAAAUCGAAUCAGAGAUGUUUGCGGGGCGACUAUUGGGGAUUGUGUCAACAACAGCACUGGAACUUGGCAUUGACAUCGGAACGCUGGACUGUGUCUUGACGUGGGGCUUCCCAUAUACCAUUGCCAACCUGCGCCAGCAAAGCGGACGCGCAGGGCGCAGAAAUAAAGACUCGCUUUCCAUAUUGCUGGGUGGCAGUUUUGCUACCGACCAACACUAUAUGCAAAAUCCAGAGGAGAUCUUCUCCAAGCCUACAGCAGAGCUACAGCUCGAUCUGGAUAACAUGCUCGUGCGCGAAGGACACAUACAGUGUGCGGCUUUCGAAAUGCCGAUUCGACCGGAAUAUGAUACCAAAUAUUUUGGUCAGGAUCUGCCUGAAAUUUGCGAGGAACGACUUAUCGCAGAUGACAUGGGCUACUAUCAUUGUCAUGAUCGUUUCCGACCAAAACCCUCCAAGUAUGUGGCACUUCGCGACACUGAAGAUGAACAUUUUGCCGUAAUCGACAUUACGCAUGGCAGAAACGUUGUUUUGGAAGAACUGGAGGCAUCCCGCGCAACAUUCACAAUCUACGACGGCGGAAUAUUUCUUCAUCAAGGUCAGACGUAUCUCGUCCGUGACUUUUCGCCUGACAAACGAAUGGCCAAAGUGGAACGAGUCAAGGUGGACUGGCUUACAUCUCAGCGCGAUUACACCGACAUCGACCCCGUCGAAACGGAGGCGAUCCGUGACAUUGGCUCAUCUGGGAUUUUGGCGUAUCAUGGUACCAUCAAGAUCUUUCAAAAAGUGUUUGGAUUUUUCAAGGUAGACUCGAAAGGGCGAGUUCUCGAUGCCGUUCACGUGGACAAUCCUCCAAUCAUUCGAUACAGCAAGGGAAUGUGGCUCGACAUUCCCAAAUCCGCACUGGACAUUCUGAACAGCCACCGAAUUAAUGCGGCCGCUUCCAUCCACGCUGCGCAGCACUGUGUGAUGAGCCUACUGCCGACCUUUGUCAUCAGCGCCCCCGAAGAUGUGCGAACCGAGUGCAAGGUCGCGCUCAAGGAAUUUGCCAAGGAGGAGACGGUACGCAAGCGACCCGGGCGGUUGACAUUUUACGAUGCCAAGGGUGGUGCCAAUGGCUCAGGGAUUAGCACCAAGGCUUUUGAGCACAUUGAUCACUUGCUGCAACUUGCUUUGCAGCGCGUCGAGUCGUGCCCUUGUCUCCAUGGCUGCAUCGAGUGCGUUGCGUCGGAACUGUGCAAGGACUCGGGCGAGGUCAUGAGUAAAGCGGGCUCGCGCGUGAUUCUCCAGGCCCUGCUCGGCAUCGAAAUUGACGUGGACGCUCUGGGACAGGGCCAAGAGCUGGUCCCCGCAGGCGUAGAAACCGUUAUUGUGGCCAAGCCGGUGCCCAUGAGACGACGCAAGAACAAUAAAGACGAGACUUUGCAUCAAGAACAAGAGAGAAAGUGGAAAGAGAAUGAUGAGCGGCAUAUGGGUGGCUUUCAACGGGAGUAA